UGGGGAGCCGUGCAGGAGCCUGGAGGUGUGCGGGGCACGGGGGGAACCCACGGUGUGGGUGGUCACCCUGCAGCCCGGUGGGGACCGUCCUGGAGGUGGCUUUGUCCGUGUCCGAGGGAGGGCAGGGGCAGCUGGGGCAGAGCGAGCGGUGAGGAUGCGCUUCCAGCUGCUGGCUUGUGUCCCAUGGGAGUUCCUGGCGUUUGGGAUUGUGGCUCUGAUGGUGGGGGGAUUGCCCCUGGGUGCUGCAGGGAGCCUAUCUGCAGGGCUCCGAGCAAGUCACUGGUGCCCACAGCAAGACCCAGCCCCAGGAGUGAGGUACCCCCAAACAGCAUCACCCCAAAACAAGCUGGAUGUGCCACCUGCAGCACAGAGAGAUGGGGCUUUGGUUUUCUGGGGUUGGGGACACAGAGGGAACAGUGAGGCUGGUCUGGGGGCGAGCAGAGGUGUAAGUGGUUCUGUUCCUGGAAACCACAUUGGUUUUCACGAGGUGGGGAUUUCCGAGUGUCAGCAGAGCUGAGGGAAGUACCAGCACAGAGAGCAGAGCCCUGCUGCCUUUGGGAGGUGGUCCCUUCAAAAAUGGGUGCUGGGGACUGCCCCAAAUGAUGCUCGUGCCUCUCACUGGGCUCAGCAGCACCAGGAGCUGUGCCUGGUGUUUGGGGCUGGUGGGACACUGCCUCCAGCCCCCGGCUCUCCACAGCCCUGCUGUCUGGCGUGCUGGCCCUCGAUCCCCUUCCCGGCAUCUUGUCUUGGCUCGUUUCCUGGAAUUUUCCAGCGUUUGGGUUAUAUUUGGGAUCGGCAGCCAAUAACCCCGUUUCUCACGGACGGCCCAGCUGGGGCUUGGCUCCAGCAGGAAGCCCAGGGAGAGGGAGCGGGGCCAGAGGCCUGAGGCCGUGCCCCCAGCACCUUCCUCCAGCACUCCCCCUCCUUUAAAACCAGACGUGGCCAUGGGGAAAGCUGCGGAACCUCCUUGGGGAGCACCGCCUGCCCUUGGCCCCUAGCUGCAUGGGGUCUGAGCUGCCUGCAGGGAGAGGGAUGCUCGGGGGAGGCAGCUUGGCCUUUGGGGCCUUUCUGGUGCACCUCCAAGUUCACCACAGAGAAACCCCAGCUGCAGGUGCUCCAGGACAGGUUGAGCUUUGCAACAGGGCUUCUCCGGUGCUCACAGAGAGCUGUGGGGUCAGGAUCCAGACAGUAACCCAGCCAUGAGCAGCGAUAAGCCAGCGGAGCCCUUUUGCCAGCAGGCAGCUGCUCAGACCGGCCGUCUGGAGGCCAUCUGGGGGCUCAGGCUGGUGUCUGGGCCAAGGCCAGCCCCGGCACGCGGGGAAGUGGCAGGAGGGGAAUUUUUGUGCUGUUGGGAAGGGGAGAAGGGAAUCCCCGUCAGCAGGGGAGGAGAAGCCAGCACCGGAGCGGCCUAACGCCAAAAUCCACCAGGGGAAGCAGAGGGGGGACGUGGAGCCGGCAGGUUUUAUGGGAGCCCUGCUACGUGGGGCUCGGUCGGCUCAGGGCCUCUUGGAGGCUGCUGCCGAGCGGCCCUGCGGUUUCGGAUGCCUGUGUGCGUGUGUAAGCGUCUCGGGCCGCAUCCAGGGCUGGCGCAGGCACCAGGCCCGCUGCCAGCUGGAGGUGCCGCUGUCGGCGCCUUCCUCCUCCUUGUUAUUACCAACCCAGGUCAGAAAUAAGCAUUACUGCGUCCCAGGGGCACUCGCAAAGAGCUUUCCCCCUCCCCGAAGCCAAGCCUUUGACUUUACAGCCCUAAAUAUAACGGGAGGGAAGGGAAAUGAGUUUUGAAAGUGGGGAAAUUGAGGCAGGGAGCACGGCACCGUCCCCACCAGAGCCCAGUCCUCGUCUGUCAGCCCAGAGAGCGGCGCUGCCCCGACUGCUCCCCCCUGGGGGUUUUGGGAUUUGAGCUGGUUUGGGGUCAGAGAUGCCGGCCUGCACUGGUGGCCUUGCUCGGAGCACGGGAUUGUUUGCGGUGGGCAGAGGAAGCUCCCCUCCCUUCUGUUUUGCUUUUUUUUUCCCCCUUUUGUUUUGCCAGUUUCUAAACAGACCGUUCAGUGUUGUUCUUAAUUUAAAACAAAGCCUUUGUCUGGCAGUGCUCUUCUGUGGUUUUCAAGUGAUUUAAAGAAAAAAAAAAAAAAGAAAAAAAGUAUCCUCCCCAAAUCCGAAACUAAGGGCUGAUCCUGACCCUGAACUUGCUUCCCCCCAUCCAGUUCAUUUCCUUUCUCCUCUGGCCCUGCCAGCCCUCUAGGAAACCAGGUUUUUGCACGUCCCAGCCUGCUGCAGCCCCGCGGCCCUGCCGCACCCCUGCAGCUUAACCCUGCACCGACUUGGCUCUCGCUAAACCCCACAGGUUUCUCUCCUGCUGCUGGUAAAAUCGGGGCACGACUGAAACCAGCAGCCUUUGGAGCAGCGGAAGGGUUUCGCUGGGUGUAAAACCAGCCCCUGCAAAAAACGAGGCCAUUUCGGGCAGGCAGAUGGGGCGAGCACCGAGGAUGCUGCAGCGCCACGGCGGGCACGCAGCGGCGGGGACAUGGGGGACAUGGGUCCACCACCGAAACCCCGAGCAUCUUGCUCUGGAGGAUUUGCAGAUGCUUCAGGACGGGACAUGCGGCCGCGGGUGCCGGCACCGCCCUGCUGUGGGAAUCGCAGGGCGGCCAAGCGGGGACGCAGCCAUGCCCGGGGUGCCCGGGGGGAAGCUUUGAUUUUGCGCGUGGGAACUGUGGGCUGCCCGGCACCACGCCAGGCCCCCUGGGCACCGGCGGCAGCGGGAUGCGCACCGUCAUGUUGCGGGGAGCCGCUGCCUCAGCCUGCUGGGGCAUGGCUUUAGGAUCUCCCCAAGCGGACAUCCCGUUCGCGCUGCCUCGCGCUCCGCUGCUCCAGGUUGAAGGCAGGGACUGGGAAAACCUGGCCCUGCAAGCACCGCUGACAACAUGAGUCCACGGCCACUUCCAACAAACUGCUUGUUUCCCCACUGUCCCCUCUGAAGGGCCGUACUGGGUGUUUAAAGCCCCGGCCCUGGCCUCCCCUCAGCUCCCUCCCUGUGCCUCUCAUGUCUUUUCCUGCCCGCCGAGCAGUGGAAGCCUUGGAGCGAGGUUGGGAAAGAAGCCGGCUCUUGGCCCGGCGCCUCUCCCUGCUCCUUUCAGUCGUAAAUCCCAGGAUGUGCUGUUGGCUUUGUGUUAAAUCGGAUUUCUGGAGAACACUUUUCUCCCUGAUUCCGAAACCUCCAUCCCUGAAGAUCCGUGGCUUUGACUCCGCUGCCCUCACCCUGGCCGGCCCAGCCCAUGAUGGCACUGUGUCUCAAGCAGGUCUUCAACAAAGACAAAACGUUUCGCCCCCGCAAGAAGUUUGAGCCCGGCACCCAGCGCUUCGAGCUCUACAAGAAAGCCCAGGCCUCCCUCAAGUCCGGGCUGGACCUGAAGACGGUGGUGCAGCUGCCUCCCGGCGAGAGCAUCAACGACUGGAUCGCUGUGCACGUGGUGGACUUCUUCAACCGCAUCAACCUCAUCUACGGCACCAUGUCGGAGUACUGCACGGAGAGGAGCUGCCCCAUCAUGUCGGGCGGGCUCAAGUACGAGUACAGGUGGCAGGACGAUAGCAAAUACAAGAAGCCGACCAAGCUGUCGGCCCCGCAGUACAUGUGUAUGCUGAUGGACUGGAUCGAGAUGCUCAUCAACAACGAGGACAUCUUCCCCACCAGGAUAGAAAUGGUCAAAUGGCUUCCAACUUGCUUCUGCUUUGCAGGUGUCCCCUUCCCCAGGCAGUUCCAGCAGGUUUGCACUAAGAUCCUCACCCGCCUCUUCCGUGUCUUUGUCCAUGUCUACAUCCAUCACUUUGACAGCAUCAUCAACAUGGGUGCCGAGGCUCACGUCAACACCUGCUACAAGCACUUUUACUACUUCAUCAGGGAGUUCAGCCUGGUCGACCAUCGGGAGCUGGAGCCUUUGAAAGAAAUGACAGAACGAAUUUGCCACUGAGGCGAUCUCGGCAGACGAACCCAGCCAGCUCACUCGGCACCCGACGGGACAAGUGUGCUGGGGGACCCCUUCCCAAGGACUUGCUCUGGGAGUCUCAGCUGAACUAUGAACACUGCAGAAGAGCCUCUUCAGGCCAGAGCUGAAUCCCAAGCUUGCUAAACAUCUCUGAACAUAUAUAUUUUUUAAAUUGUAACAGAUUCCAGUCUGUCUUAUGGCUACUGUCUUAGAAAGCCACUGACUUCUGGAGAAUGAGGCAAGUUGGGUUGACUGAUACACACUCUGGUCUCUAAGAACCAAUCCCAUGUGUGAUAACAUUUCUUCAGCUAACUUUCCUCCGGUUUUGUCCUCAGCUACAUUAUCUUCAAAUGUUUUGUUAGUGAUACCUGCCCUGCAAGCAGGUAUGACCUUGGCUGAAUCAUGCCUGUUGCCUUGCCCAGAUGCAGUGGGUUUGUCGUAACAUCUGAGAUCAGCUCUGCAAAGUUGGUGAGGUCUGAUCCCAGCUGACUUCAUGAGGUUAGCUGCCAAUGUCCUGUUUUUAAUCAUGAGCUGUGAAUGUCUCUCCUUCUGACCUAAUCCAUGCUUUACCAAAGGGACCUUCUUCUCUUUUUUUUUUCCUUUUUUUUUUUUUUUUUUCCCAGGAACUUUUCAUGCUUGGCAGCGGGGAUUUCAUAACUAAUAGCAAGGUGGCCCCAUGACAAAAGGAAGUGAAUUGGCGACUUUCCAUUGUGAUCAGCACAGUCCACACAAGUAUUUUCUAUACUUAGAAACUGUGAUACAAAGUGAGGGAAAUAAAUGUGCCAGAAAACAAACAGUAUUUGCUGACAUGUUGUCUUGUCUCAAAGCAGCAGGUGCUGGCUACAGAAAUUGUCUUUCCAUUGUCCAGCCCUAUAGCACAGAAAAACAGGUGGGGAGGGACUUUAAGAGACAUCUAAUCUACCCUGAUCUUCCAAAAAUGCAAGAUCAGUUCCCCUUAAGCCUUUCUGAAUAGAGUUUCUCUAGCCUGAAAAAGAAAGCAUACCAUUGCUACCUGGUCUGUGCCCCUAUUCCCCUGAAAGGCAUCAAACCUCAAAACUUCUUCCCUGCUUGCAGUGCCUGUUAACUAGCGUUGCAUUCCCUGUGACAUUUUCUUUUGACAAGAGUUGAAGUUUUUUUUUUUAAUUAUUUUUUAUUUUAUUUUAUUUUUUUUUUUACAAUUUUGAGGGAGUUAAAUUGUCUGAGCCACGGCGUUUUUAUCUUUGUCUUUCCUGGCCUUUUUCUGGGAAAGUUUUGUACACCAGACCCAGCUGAUAUUUAUAACCAGGGCUUUGCCCAUUUUGGGGGGAGGAAGGGGAUGUGGCUAGAAAAUGUAAAUAUUUAAGCCAACACUAAAGUGCACAAGUGCAUUUUUAGUGCUCAGAGCACUUAUUUUGUUGUGAAAAUCUAUUUUUUUUAAUCUUGUGUACCAGAUGUAUAUUUUUACAUGGAAAUAAAAUGGAGCAAAAUGGACACAAAACGACCUGAUAAAUCAUUCCAAUAUUUUCACUGUAAAAUAAUAAUUGAAAGUCCAAACAUUUUUGUUCUGUUACUAAUUAAAGAAACAUGAACAAGC